AUGCGCAAUUACCCUACCAAAUCACCAUUACAAAAAUAAUCAAAUACAGUUGUAAAAUUCGACAAAAGAUUUUACCUGAACACUAAUUUAGGGUCAGUGAAAUGCGCGAAACUUCUUGCAAAAAGGGCAAACUUGACCUGAACCAGGCCCUUUCUUAUGGGCAACAAAAUUAGUUCGAAAAGUGAUGCGAACAGUGACCAACAACAACUGGACGGUGUUUAUAAACACAGACGAAAUUAUUACAAAGAUUACAAAGAGUUAAACAAUAGUUUGAGGAGUAUUUGGAGUUUUGAUAGCCAGCCUUCGAAAAAUAGCAUUUCUAGGCCUUGUAAACGAAGGUGGAAAAACUCGACGCUAUCGCUCACGUAUGAUCAAAGCAAGACUGCCUGGCCCGUUUCUCAGUUGCAGUCGUAUUUUUUACCGGAAUUUCCCAUUAAGGAUCAUCACAAAGACAGAAAUCUAGAAACGUUGCAGUUGAUCAGCAAGGGUGCUUUUGGCAAAGUGUACAAAAUAGUGAAUUUGGAGAAGAACGAAAUAUUUGCUUUAAAAGUUCUUUCCAAAUCUCAGAUUGUCAAUGAUAAUUCGGUAAAACAAGUCAAGGAAGAAGUCCAAAUACAGAAAGCCUGCGGUCAUCAUCAGUUCAUAGUCAAAUGUCUUUUGAACUGGCAAAGUAAAAGACAUCUUUAUAUAGUGACUGAAUAUAUAGAAGGUGGAGAAUUGUGGCAUCUUCUUCAGACUCUUGGUGUUCUGCCCAUUGAGAUUGUGCAGCUGUAUGUUGCUCAGAUAGCAUUAGCCAUAGACUUCCUCCACAACGCCGGCAUCGUAUACAGGGACCUCAAACCGGAAAACGUUCUCCUGGACGCCGAUGCCAACGUCAAGCUCAUAGACUUCGGUCUGUCCAAGUGGCUUCCUUACGCUGCCACCACAGAAACUGUAUGCGGAACGCCCAAAUACAUGGCACCUGAAAUUUUGAAAAUGGAACGCUAUGGUCAUUCGGUGGAUUGGUGGAGCUUGGGAGUGAUAGCUUGUCUUAUGUUGACAUCUAAGCUUCCAUCUUUGACUAUAAACCACGAAACAUCGUCUUCCGUAUUGAAAUUGCCGGAUAGAGAACUUUCAGAAACUCCUUCGAGGGAUCUUUUGCUAAGAUUACUAGAAGUUGACCCUACCAAACGACUGAAGUCAGUUAGAAAAUUGGAAACUAUAGCUUUUUACAAAGGAUACAAAUUAGAAGAAGUCAAAGAUAAGUUGAAAGUUAAGCCUUUGUUGUUAAAAUAUUUUGGAGAAGAUUACAGGAAAAAUCUUGACGAAUGUGACAACGGUAUUUUCCAAAACUUUGACGAAACUUUUAUUGAAGAAGAUUGAAUAUAACUUUACCUAAUUAUAUACAGAGUGUCUUUUAAAUGGCUACACUUUGCUUGUGUAAUGUGUAAAUGACUAAAGGCGAUAAAAAUCAGGAGAUAAUGGUUUUAAAAAAAAUACCAUGAUUAUAUGAAAAAAUAUGUUGUAACUCCAGAUUAUUUUCGUUACUUAUGUAUUUACACUUUAUACAGGGUGGUCCAAACUAUAUUCCGGAAACUUCGGCAGCAUAUUUUACAGAUA